CUUCCUAAAAGAGGGGCGGAGCUAUGACGGUAGGCUACCGUCCGAGAAGGCGUGGAAGGCGGUCUGAAGGGCGGGGCCGUUAGGGAAAAAAGAGCAGGGCCUAGAGUAGGAUGAGGGGCUCGGGGAGAUAAUGACGAAAGAACCUAGGCGCAAAGGAUGGGGGCGUGGAUCUCAGAGUGGGUUGGGGUGGAGCUAGAGGUGGCAUUGCGGAGAGGGUAUAAAGAUUGCAGAGAGGUAAGGUAUGAGCCUAGAUUCUCAGAAGGAGUGGGAAAGGGAGCGGGAAGAAACUACUCAGAAAGUUUUGAGAAAAGAGGAGGAGCUCAAGCACAGGUGAAUCUUAAGCCAAUGUAGAAUUAUUCAGCGUUGGGCGGGGCUAGUCAGAGACAGAGGAGCUAGAGGCGUGGCCUACAGGGAAUAGAGCAGAACAGGCAAAGAACAAGGCGGGCGUAACCAAGGGGGCGGGGCUAUGCCUGUAGCUAAGAGGCGGAGCUAGAAGCAGAUCUCGGACUGAGAACAUCAGAAGCCUCUGAGGCUGGAGGCUUGAAUGGAUGGACCGGGUGUGGAAGGGAAGUGAUUGAAAUCCUGGGAGGAGAUCGAGAGGGGAGGGAUUGAACUAAAAAUAAUUUAAAGCCUUUGAAACCGGGUUGGGAAUCACUGAUGCGGGCGGAGCUUGACCAGAUCAGAGCUGGGGACCCAAAGACCAGCGUUGAAAAUGCGGAUUCUAGAGAUUGUUUCCCUGUAACACUUGUUUACAUCUGUGACUCAGUUUCCUUUUCGGUAGAUUGGAGAUGAUGAUGUAAAAUGGUGUGCAGUUCGCAGUGAGUGCUAGUUUGGUGCUCUGAUCAUUUUUUCCCUGACCCAAAUUCCAAACCUCGCUUUGAAGGUGUGAAAGAGAGGAGAUUGAAGAGUUCAAUCCCUUCUAGUGACUCGAAUGCAGGUCAAGGGCAUAGGAAGAUUUAGGUAGUUUAAAAUCUCACAGUGUCGGGGAUUAGCGGAGGUGCGGGUGGGGGGGGGGCUCAGUUAGCAGGUGCAGAGAGUGAAACCUUCCUGAUCUCCAGGCUGAAAGAUGGCGGUUCUUACCCGCCUGCUGGGACGUCUCUGGCCAGCUCGCAAGGAAGAGGAGGUGGAGGAGGACGAAGAGAGCAGGUCUCCAGGACGGCCGCGUUGCGCCCAGCGGCCACACGGGGGUGCGGUAGCACCGUGGGGCCUGCGCUUCGGGGCGAGCGCAAUGCAAGGCUGGCGCGCACACAUGGAGGACGCGCAUUGCGCUUGGCUGGCGCUACCCGGACUGCCCCCAGGCUGGGCUUUCUUCGCGGUCCUCGACGGCCACGGCGGGGCGCGAGCCGCCCUCUUCGGCGCGCGCCACUUGCCGGGCCACGUGCUCGAGGCGCUGGGCCCAGAGCCUGGCGAGCCCGAGGGCGUGUGCGGAGCGCUGCGCCGCGCCUUCCUGAAUGCAGACGCACGCCUGCGCGCGCUCUGGCCCCGCGGCGAGCCGGGCGGCUCCACCGCUGUGGCGUUGCUGGUUUCCCCGCGCUUUCUGUACCUGGCGCACUGUGGUGACUCCCGCGCGGUGCUGAGUCGCGUGGGAGCCGUGGCCUUCAGCACCGAGGAUCAUCGGCCCCUCCGUCCCCGGGAACGAGAACGCAUCCAUGACGCGGGCGGUACUAUCCGCCGCCGGCGCCUCGAGGGCUCUCUGGCAGUGUCACGAGCGCUGGGAGACUUUGCUUACAAAGAAGCUCCUGGAAGACCCCCGGAACUGCAGCUCGUUUCCGCGGAGCCUGAAGUGACCGCCCUGGCACACCGGGCAGAGGACGAGUUUGUGCUCCUGGCCUCUGACGGCGUGUGGGACACGAUGUCUGGCUCUGCCCUGGCGGGACUGGUGGCAUCGCGCCUCUGCCUGGGCUUGGCUCCAGAGCUUCUCUGCGCACAGCUGUUGGACACGUGUCUAUGCAAGGGCAGCCUGGACAACAUGACCUGCAUCCUGGUCUGCUUCCCAGGGGCCCCCAGGCCUUGUGAGGAGGCCAUCAGGAAGGAGCUAGUGCUGGACGCAGCCCUAGGACGCAGGGUUGCAGAGCUGUGUGCCUCUGCCCAGGAGACCCCUAGCCUGAACACAGUUUUCAGGACCCUGGCCUCUGAGGACAUCCCGGAUUUACCUCCUGGGGGAGGGCUCUACUGCAAGGCCACAGUCGUCGCUGAAGCUUACUCUCAGUUCUGCCAGGCCUUGGAAGAGCGCUGCGUGAAGGGGCAGAGUGCGACUGGGAAGCCCGCUGGCACCCAUUCAGGCUCUGCCUUGGACUUGGAGGCCUGACAGCUGUUGUCCUUUGGGGACCCUCUCCCCAGCUGGGCCCUCAAUGGAAUUAAGGAAGAAAACUCCCCCUCCCCAGCUAUGCACACCAGCGGAAGGAAGACAGGCCAAUGGAGGAACGCCAGAAUAUUUAUUUCCCUUUCUCCUACUUCCCUCUCACAGAAGGUCUUAUGAGAGGGGGAAAUUCCACACACACACAAAUUUUUUAAAAAAUAUUUAGAGCUGAAGAG